UCUGGAGUGUUGACUUAUAAUGGGAAUGCAAUGAGGUACUUUUUGCUUUGUGUCAUUUCAAGAUGCAAAUCUACUCGUGUUCCUGUCUGUCAUGACAGGAUUCAUUGGUGUUGCUGCAGAUCGUUGGGCCGCGUGCGGACGCACUUCAUCAUCAGCUCUAUUGUGUUGCUGCUUCUGGCUGGAGUCUCUCUCACCUUUUUAUUGCCUAACAAUGAAGACGGCAGCUUUUUCCGACAGCUCCGCCAUAGAUCCAAUACCUCAUUUACCCUCCCAGACCCAGAGGACACUUUUACUAUAAUCAUGCAAACGUACAACCGCACCGAUAUACUCCUCAGACUCCUCAAUCAUUAUCAGGCUGUGCCUCACCUGCAGUGCAUCAUCAUAGUGUGGAAUAACCCUGGCGAGCCACCGCCCAGGAAACUAUGGGAUGCCCUCGGCCCACACCCUGUGCCCGUCUUCUUCAAAGAGCAGAGCAUCAACAGAAUGCGCAAUCGACUGCAGCCGCACCCUGAGAUCAAGACUGAUGCUGUUUUGAUGCUAGACGAUGACACAUUGGUCAGUGUUCCCGAUAUCAACUUUGCAUUUUCUGUCUGGAAGCAAUUCCCGGAUCAGAUUGUGGGAUUUGUUCCGCGGAAGCAUGUGACCACAGCAUCUGGAGUGUACAGCUAUGGCAGCUUUGAGCUUCAGGAUCCAGAUAAAGGUGGAGGUGACAGCUAUUCAAUGAUCCUAGUGGGUGCGGCCUUCUUCCAUCAGCGCUUUCUGAAGCUGUUCCAAGAUCAGCCCGGUGAAGUGCACACUCUUGUGGACGAAACCCAGAACUGUGACGACAUCGCCAUGAACUUUGCUGUGGCACAUCAACUCUCACUGGUGUCCGGGCUGAAGCGCCCCUCUGGGGUGUUUGUGAAGCCCGUAGAUAUGCGUAAUUUGGAGAAGGAAGCCAGCAGCGGGUAUGUGGGCAUGUGGCACAGAGCGGAGCACAUGCUGCAGCGCUCUUACUGCCUCAACAAGCUGACCCAGAUCUACGGGGAAAUGCCGCUCCGCUACUCCAACAUCAUGAUCUCACAGUUCGGCUUUCCCAGCUAUGCUAAUCACAAGAGCAGGAUAUGAGAGAUGAGUCAGUGCAUUUGAGAAACAGGUGCAAUCUCAAUUAUGAGAUAUUAGGUCAUCUUUUUAGACAUAUGCCAUGCCUGGCAAUUUUAAACCCUUGGAAGUGCACAUCUCACCUGAAACAUGAGUUUGUCCAACUUGCAAACCUUUUGCCAAGUUUGAUGGAAUUUUGCAGUGGUAACAUUUCUACAUUCUCAGGCCUUGAUGCUUUUACAUUUAUAAAUUUAGGCUUAGAUACUUAAUUUUUUUUGAGAAUUUAUGCAUGUCCUUAUGAUACUAUGGAAGCUUACAGAAUAAAAAAUAAAAAACGUAAUUAACUUUUUAUCUCUUUUAAUUUGGACUUUAUAACUUGCAAUUGCGAGUUUAUAUCUCAAAAUUCGGAGAAAAAAAGUCAGAAUUGUGUGUUAGCGUUCCCCCAAGAAGCUUUGCAUUCACUCGCAAAGAACACAACAGUUUUGUGAGCGAAUGCAAAGUUUGUCAAGGGAAUGCAAGUGUUGCGAGGGAAUGCAAAAGCAUUAAAAUAUAUUAUUCAUGCCAUCUUAUAUUUUUUCCAUCACCAUGUCCCUUUAGGGGCUCCAUAGGAUAUAAACUUGCAAUCGUGAGUUAUAAAGUCAGAAUGACUUUGUCUCGCAAUGCAGAUUUUUAUUUUUUUUUCUCAGAAUUGAGUUAUGAAGUCCUAAUUAAUUGCAAGAUAUAAACUCGCAAAUCUGAGAGGGAAAAAAGUAAGAGUUGUAAAAUUAAAAAGUUGCAAUUAUCUUUUUUUCAUUUUUGUUCCCUGGAGGAAACAAGCUGCCAUAGAAACAGACCAGCAAACAAACCAAAUAACAACAUUCAUGUGCUUAUAUUACUAAUGGAUUUUUAAAGAAAGUUUAGAGAAACUUUUCUAUUAGUGCCUCCAACAAUACAGUAUAAAAUUUGUGCCUUUACCAACAUAGUAUAAUAGUAGAUGGUCUGCUGUAGAUUUGAAGAUUCAUAGGAUUUAUUAUCAGUAAAUCUAAUUACAAAGCUGAUGGAUGGAUGGAUGGAUGGAUAAAACGUCAGUAUCAUAUUGGUUUACAUGUUCGCACUGCACACUGGUUUUGCUUCAGGAUCCAGAUUUUCAUUGGACAUCAGGUACACAGUACCAAAAUUGUUUAUGAAAGUAAAAACAAAGAGAGAGAGAGAGAGAAUAUCAAUAUAAAGUACACAGAACCAACAAUGUAAAAUCAUUUAUUUGACAGUGGCUACAUGGAAAAACAAUGCCAUAAGUAUAAACAAUGGUAGAGCUAAAAAUGGAACCAAAAUAUAACUGCCAUGCCAUGUUUCCUGAGAACAAGCUGAAUUCCUCUGAGCAGAAUCCUGUAAUUAUAACGUCUUAUCUCACAUGGGCAAAAAAGGCUCAAAGUGAAAGGAAAAGUGUGGUAAUUCCCUUUUUAUUUUGGUGAAAGAAUGUUUACACCCUUUAAAAGUGUAUCAUGUCUGUUUGUUUUGGAUUUUCAUUGGUUCCUGUGUUCCUUUGUCCUUAGUUCUUGGCAGUCAUCAGUCUCUAAGGUCAUCAUCAUGAGUUCAUGUUUAUCAGCUGUGUCUUGUUAAUCACCACGUUAUCCACACUUACUUAAGUUCCUGCCUUUCUGUUGUUCUUGGUCUGGUCUCGUUUCAGUUUAUAUGUGUGUAUCCCUGCCAGUUUGGAUUCUGUUAUUAAACCUUAUAUUGGAAAGUUA